AAACCUGCAUCCGGAGCUUUAACUGGAAUCUGUCGUUAGAUCAACAUGGGUUAUAUCAACUUUCCAGCUCGAUUAACAGAUGAAGAAGAAAAAUUACGACAAAAAUAUGCACUGCUUCGUAAAAAGAAAAAAAUACUUCAAGCAUUGAAAACAGCCAAACCAGAAAGGGAAGUGCCAGCACAGCAACCAGCUAAAAGACCUGCCCCUGAGUCAGCUGAAGAUGCUAAAGAACAAGCGAAGAAGUUGUUGAAGUCAGGUGCAAUCAAGAUUGCUUCUGAUAGUCAAGACAAACAUAGCUUCAAACGCACCAAGUUUAUGGAAAAGAAACUCAAGGACCCAGAGAAGACUCCGUCAGCUGUUGGUUUCCAGCCCUUUCAGGCAACUCAUCCCGAGGAAGAGGAGCGUGAAAUACGCCCAAGACAAAAAGUGCGAGCACUUUAUGACAACUUUGUCAGUGGAGGUUUUGGUGAGAAGAAGGAGCGUGAUAUUCGGGUAAAGGAGCCACCGCCCCGAGGAAACACCAUCUACGUCCACGGGCAUGGGGUAUCCGAGGAAAUCCUCAGGAAGGCCUUCUCCAACCUCGGAAAUGUCGUCAAUGUCAACAUGGAGAAGGACAAGAAUGUCGGAUUUGUGACCUUUGAGAAAAUGGAAUCUGCAGAUUCAGCUAUAUCUGAAGUAAACAAUGCCAUGAUAGAUGGGGUACAGCUCCGCGUUUCCAUGGCGAGGAGACAACCCUCGUUUGAGCAGGCCACAGACCCAUCUACAACAUCCUGGUCAUCAAUAGCUGCGAGUUCCUCACAGAAGGGAUCACACAAGGAUAAACGAGCUAUGGUCACCUAUGAUGAGCAAGACAUAUUCUGAUUGGUCUACACCAGAGGUUAAUGGUUAUUCAGUGCGACUUUCUCAAGAGGUCAAAUGCUAUUCAAUAUGACAAGGUCAUCAAGCACAACCAGGAUGUCCUGCAAGUUUCUGUGGUUAAUCCAGGGGUGUGUAGGUAAACACCUGGAUCUCGGACUUCUCCGGCAGCCUGGUCGAAGGUGAACAUUCGCAAGAAUUUGAAUUCCAUUGAUGACCUGUGUUUAGGAUGAUUGAUGAGCUGUCAAUAGCUACACUGUAAAAAGUGUUUUGUGAUUUUCACAGAAUUGUGAAUUCCAUUGAUGGUUAUAGUGCUUUAGACGGAAUGACAACCUUUGACGUCCAUACAUGGUGUUACAGCUACGCAUUGUGAUGCUUGCGUUGUCCUCAGAAAUUUGGAUAGUGUGGUACAUGUUCAUCGUCUACACAGAUGUAUCUGUAACACACUGGUAAACGUGUCCCCUAUACAAGUAGUCAAGUUUAAUGUCAUGGCACACUGAUGAUAGCAGAGUUUUGUGCAAAAGUUGUCUGUACAAUAUUGAGGACAUAGCGAGGUUUUUGAGAACAUUAUAUGGCUUACAGUAUUAUACUACACAACAUGUCUUUGUGGAUAUUCGAAUAAUGCCUCAUAAUCUGUGGAAAUUGUAUUUGCAAACACAAGUACAUGUAUGUUGAACAUGUCCUAUCUGUUUAAGGACAAACAUUAUUAAAUUAAACACAAUUAUCCAUGAUGAUGUGUUUAAGCUCCUUUACAUAAAUGAACACAAGUUGAGACGUUGUAAUUUUGUAUGAUUUAUUCAUAAUAAAUAGUUUGGCAGCAUACCAAGCACAUAGGGUGACAUUGUGUAGCACAGGGGUGAAGUCAAUACAUGCUGGAAUACAAAUAGAUGCUGGGUACGGGUGUAUUUCAUCAACAUCGUCUAUUCUGUAGUACAUGUAAACCCACAACCAAUACAGGUUGAGCACUAUUCUCAUGCUGUACAUUCACUUCUGUAUUCCAGAUAAGUU